CCUUGUGGUCGGCGCAGCAUGAGAAGAUGCCUGCUGCUGAGGAGGGUUAGAGACGUGCGGAGCCAAGCCAUUCAGAAGCACCCAGUCUGUGUCACAUCCUCAGAUGCCCAGCAAAUUUGUGAACUAGUCCAAGGUGUCGUGAUAACAUACACCAUACCACCUGCCAUUAGCAGUCACCCUGGAGUGUGAUGAGAUGUUCACAACAGGAGACACAGAGAGGUUUUCUAGAUCAUCACCAAUCAUGGGUUUUUUUCUAGUGAUUUAACACAGGUCACUGUUUGAACAUGAAGAUACCCUGCAAAGAACUAGAACACUCUGAUUUUACAUGCCUUCAAAACCUGAGAAAAUUGAGAAAUGGCAUCUUUAUUUCUCAGCACUCAAGCUGAGGAGCUAAGAGAAUACAAUCUUCUCCUGAACAAAGCUUGAACCAGAAGCAACUCUGACUUAACCUUGCCUAAUGGAGAGUCGCCUAGAAUGAAACUGCCUGACCGAAGUCAUUCAGGAAGGAGGACCUGGUCUGGUUCAUUCCAUCUGAAUCAGAGAUCUGGCAUCAGAACUUCUUGGAAUGAACCUAUAAGUCAUGAAUGGAAAACAUGCAUCAGGAAAUGGUGUGCAUCUGGAGAACAGAGGCUUUUGUGUGGAAGACUGAGCCCCAGCAGAGGGAAUUCUGCUACAAAGUUGUAUUGAUUCAAAUACUCAAAUCACUCAGCUCUCUCUCUCAUACCUCCCUGCAUUAAAUUCCCUAAUAAAAGGGCCCUAAUGAAAGGGCUUUAAUUACUAGUUGUUCAUUCUCUGCCAUGCCUGCCAUUUAAUGAAAGCAAGAUGAACAACAGCAUUGUCACCGACUUUGUGAUUCUGGGCUUCACCCAAAAGCCUGAGCUCCAAGGAGUUCUUUUCCUCGUGUUUCUCUUCAUCUAUCUCGUGGCUUUUCUUGGCAACAUGCUCAUUGUCAUCGCCAUAAUCUGUAACGCCACCUUGCACACCCCCAUGUACGUUCUCCUGUUGGCGCUGGCUGUCGUGGACAUCAUCUGCACAACGAGCAUCCUGCCGAAGAUGCUGGAGACCCUGCUCGCUUCAGGGAAGACCAUUUCAUACGAGGGCUGCAUGACCCAGCUCUUCUUCUUCACAUGGUCCCUGGGGGCCGAGAUGGUUCUCUUCACCGCCAUGGCCUAUGACCGCUCUGUAGCUGUCUGUUUCCCUCUUCGCUACAGGGCCAUUAUGAACCACCGUAUGUGUGUGGCUUUGCUUAGCAUUGUUAUGGCUAUUGCGGUGACCAACUCCUGGGUACACACAGGGCUCAUCCUGAGGCUGACCUUCUGUGGGCCAAACACCAUUAACCACUUCUUCUGCGAGAUACCCCCUUUGUUGGCUCUGUCCUGCAGCCCGGUGGGAAUCAACGAGGUGAUGGUUUGUGUUGCUGAUAUCACCCUCGCCGUAGGAGACUUUGCCCUGACCUGCAUCUCCUACAGCUUUAUCAUUGCUGCCAUCUUCCGCAUCCGCACAGCAGAGGGCAAGAGGAAGGCUUUCUCUACAUGCUCAGCCCACCUGACCGUGGUGUCCCUCUACUACUUCCCUGUGAUCUACACCUAUAUCCGCCCUGCUUCCAGUUACACAUUUGAAAGGGACAAGGUGGUAGCCGCGCUCUAUACUCUCGUGACUCCCACAUUAAACCCAAUUGUGUACAGUUUCAGGAACAAGGACAUGCAGACAGGGAUUCGGAAAGUCUUUGCAUUUCUGAAACAUUAAUGGUUUCAACAGGAAGCAUCAAUUUCUCUACUCUAGAAUCAUCUUCUAGAUAUCUCAAAUUUUACUGAUCUUUCAUAGUUACCUCCAACCUAAGUCUUCCCGUUCCCUCUUAUGAGAAAGAAUGUUCACUCCACUGUAAAAUAUUUAACCACUAUUGUAAAGAUAGUAUGUGUUAAGUUUACUUGAAACUUAACUUUGAACUAGGUAGCAUGCAAACAUUCCUAGAAAGUUCACUACAUUUUGGAACCUUUAUUAAGGUUAAAUGUCUUUUGCUGGAAUUAAUCCAAAUGACUUCAAAGCAUUUAAUGUAAUAUAAUCUAAAUGCAGAGAAAUGUCUGUCAUUCUGAGAUACAGUCCACAAAGUCUUCCACACAAACCAUUAUUUUCAACAAUGAAAAAUCUUCAAGAUUAAAAACUGCAAGAACUCAUGAUGUAUUUUACCUUUAAACUGUGUUGUGCCCUAGCUCUGUCCACUCAAAGGGGUUCUAAAUAACACCCACACAGUAUCAUUGAACACUAACAGCACUGAGAUAAAAUCUAUAUCCUAUAAAAAGAAAAAAUAAUCCUUGGGGCAAUCAUAAAACUACCUGUCAGGGGAAGAAUGUAUAAAUGCAAGCUGGUAAUUAGUGCUCACCUAUGAAAACAAGAACGUGAUAGAACAGGUCAUGAUAAAUGCAGUCAGUGAACAACUUACAUGCUUUUACUGGCAGAGUGGAAACUGGUGCAUCAGUAUGGACAGUGAUUACAGUAAACUUAACCCAUCAAAUAUGUUUAAAUUCAGAAGUUCCAAAUGAUCCUAACAUAUUUUGAUGACAUAGAAGAUAUUUUAGCCAACCAACUCAUUAAACUGGUAAAAGAUAAAAAAAUACUUUUUAAAUUUCCAGUAUAAUUUGCACAUCAGGACAUCAGAAUUGCCAAAUAAUUGGCUUAUGUAUAAUAAGUGUGUGUGUGUUUUCAAGAAGGAUUUCAGGUAAUAAAGAAUGACGGAAGAUAGAAUUAAAAUACCACCACCUUGACAGCUUAAAUGUAGGCAGUGAUCUCUAAUGGCCACAUGGCAGCCCCAGAAGAGAGACAGACACCAGUGUAGGUCAUCUUGCCUAAAAAAUCAGAUGACAAUUUCAUCAAAAAUGUUAUAUCUAACAAACAAUUUAUGGGAAUUGCAGAAGUCAGAUGAAAAUGACACCAUGGAUAUACAUCCAACAAAAUCCAGACUAUGGGAAACUUCAUGACAAACUAUCCGGUUUCUUCAACAACAAUUAAAUCCCAAAAUUAAAAACAAACAAAUAAAAAGAUAAAGGUGAACCUAUAGAAUAAUAGUUCUUACUUUUAUCCCCUUUCAGGCAAACACAUUUUACAAGAUCUAAAAUGUCAAUGAAAGGAACAUGAGCUCUGGCUGGAUAUUGGAUAAUAGCAUUUAGAAAGUGUUUUUUUUGUUGUUGUUAUACGAAAAAGAGUUGUUUCUCAGAGAUACAUUGUAAACUAUGAACACAUUAAACUAU